GAUUUCAGAAUUAUUGCUAUAGACGCGCACUUUUUAUUUGGUGACCAUACGCCUGUUUCUGAUGCAAAAGUGCAUGCUGACUUUAUAGAUGUAUUCGAAGAGAUAAGAGUAUGUAUCUGUAAAAUACCAUAG